AUGAUGCCCUUAAAUUUGAGAAUGGAAUCCGAGGAUGAAUCCGAGGUGGGCAGCCAGGUCGACGACUCCUUCGAGCCCGUUACCCUCGACCUCACCCUCAGCCUCAGUGCCAACGAGGCCGUUUCCACCCCUCCGCCAUCCUCGCGAGUCUUUUCGUGCAACUACUGCCGUCGCAAGUUCUAUAGCUCGCAGGCAUUGGGAGGACACCAGAAUGCCCACAAGCGCGAGCGGACCCUCGCCAAGAGGGCCAUGCGUAUGGAGAUUUUUUCCGAGAGAUACGCUAGCCUCACCUCACUCCCACUCCAUGGAUCCGCCUUUCGGUCUCUAGGCAUCCAAGCUCAUGCUUUCGUGCACUCGGAACAUGGGAUACGAGGAGGAGAUAGGUUUAUUGGUCAAGGCUACUUCGAAUAUAUGGAGUAUGACGAAGGGGAGGGGAGCUUCCGACAAAUGGAGGGCGUUUGUGGACAUCCGGGGCAGGGUUCGGAUAUGGUGGUCGAAGCUGCCCCGGCUCCGAGGAUGGAACAUUCAUCCCUUCCUGACCUCAACCUCAAACUUUAA